GUGGCGGAGUGCACUGAGGUGCAGAGAGCGAGACCUAUUACAUGGAAGUUUCGGCGGCUUUUUCCAUUCCGAAGCUUUGCCUGGUGCGCUGCCUCGAAGGCAGAACUCGCCACAGCAUCCACCUUAUGGCCUUUACCCAGAGCUUGUUUCCGGGUCGGCGUUCACUGUCCCCAGAGCGAAGAACCGCUAUGUGUGGUUGUACCGGAUUCGGCCGUCAGUCCAGCAUUCGGCUGUAGCUGCCGCAGACUACCAGCUGUGGGCCCACGACACUUGGAUCAGCCCUCCGUUCCGGCACCCUUGCCCACCAGUCCAGCUGCGUUUUCGGCCGUGCUCGAUUCCGCCACAAGGGACCGACUUCGUGGAGGGGGCGGUCACGGUGGCAGCAAAUGGCUCUCCCGAAGCGCAGGAUGGGUGCAGUGCAAACACCUACGCAAUCACGACCUCCAUGUCAGCCAAGCGGCGGUUCUUGCGAGUCGCGGACGGCGACUUGUUGCUGCUGCCGCAGGAGGGCUCUUUGAGACUGCGAACUGAGCUGGGCCACUUCCAGGUGGAUCCUUGGGAGCUCGCUGUCGUGCCGCGAGGCCUCGCCUUUCAAGUCGACUUGGCGCCCGGGACGAUGGCUGCACGGGGAUACUUUUUGGAGAACUUCGGUGACCACUUCGUUGUGCCUGACCUCGGCCCGAUUGGCAUCUCCGGUGGUCUAGCCCAUCCACGCCACUUCCUAGCACCUCAGGCCCAAUACGAAGAGCAGGAUGGCGAAUAUGAGUUGGUCUCCAAGUUCAUGGGUUCGCUGUACCGUUCUCCGGUCAGACACUCGCCACUUGACGUCGUUGCGUGGUAUGGGAACUUGGUCCCCUGCAAGUAUGACAUGCGGCUGUUUAUGGCGGUCAACACGGUCACCUACGACCAUCCCGACCCAUCCAUCGGCACGGUUUUGUCGUCCUACACUUCAACACCGGGCCUGGCGAAUGUGGACUUCGUGAUUUUCCCGCCCCGGUGGCUUCCUGCAGAAGGCACUUUCCGACCUCCUUGGUUUCAUCGAAACUGCAUGAGCGAGUUCAUGGGCCUGCUUACAGGCAGCUACGAUGCUAAGCCGGACAGCUUUGUGCCCGGCGCGUCCUCGAUUCACAACAGGUACAUUCCACAUGGUCCGGAUGCUGCGGCGGUGGAGACGGGCACGGAGCGGGACACCUCGAAUCCAGAGAGGUACAGCGGCACCCUGGCCUUCAUGUGGGAGACUCGCUUGGUGUGGCACCCUUCCGAGCAUGCACUGCAAACCCUGAGUGACGUGGACUACCCCGCGUCAUGGCAAACUGUGCCAAAACGCUUCGAUGCUACUGCCAAGCCAUCACCUGAGAAGUAUGGGUUCGCACCCACGAAGGCAUGA